UUUUAAAGAGCCUGAAACUCAGAGGACUCUUCAGCUGCGGUAGUGAGAGAGCAUGGCUGCUAAACAAUCCGAGGAGCCCGGCGAGGGAAAUAACUCUGAGGGCCAAUGUAAUGGAUUUCUGAUGAAGCUCAGAGCGUUCAAACCAUCGGAGGUUCUCACUUGGCAGCUUGCUAAGACACUGGCCAUGGGUCAGGGUCUGGCGGGUCUCAUCUGUGGCACCGCCGUAUCCUCUCAGUACCUGGCCACAGAGUUCCAGGUGAACACACCUAUGCUGCAGAGCUUCCUGAACUACACACUGCUGUGUGCCACCUAUACCACCAUGCUGAUCUGCAGGAGAGGGGAUGGAAAUAUUUUACAGAUUCUUAAGAGAAGAUGGUGGAAGUACCUACUGCUGGGUCUGGUGGACGUGGAGGCCAACUACACCGUGGUUAAAGCCUAUCAGUACACCACUCUCACCAGCGUGCAGUUGCUGGACUGCUUUGUGAUCCCGGUCCUGAUGCUUCUGUCCUGGUGGAUUCUGAAGACCCGCUAUAAGCUGAUCCAUUAUGUGGCCGUCUGCCUCUGUCUGCUGGGGGUGGGGGCCAUGGUGGGGGCUGACCUGCUGGCUGGAAGAGACCAGGGCUCCUCCUCCAACAUCUUACUAGGCGACGGUUUGGUGCUGCUCAGUGCAGCUCUGUAUGCUGUGUCUAAUGUGUCUCAGGAGUACACAGUGAAGAAUCUGAGUAGAGUGGAGUUCCUAGGAAUGAUUGGCCUGUUUGGGACCAUCAUCAGCACCGUCCAGAUGGUGAUCCUAGAGCGCAAUGAGAUUCCCGGCAUCAUCUGGAGCUGGCAAGUUGGGCUCCUGUUCUCUGCUUAUGCUUUGUGCAUGUAUGCUUUGUACAGCUUCAUGCCCAUAGUGAUGAAACUGAGCAGCGCCACCUCCGUCAACCUCUCCCUCCUAACCGCAGAUCUCUUCAGCCUCUUCUUUGGGAUCUUCCUCUUCCAGUACAAUUUCUCUGGACUCUACCUGGUCUCCCUCGUGGUCAUCCUUGUUGGCUUCAUCACCUUCAACGCUGUGCCAACACCCACCGUCUCCACAGACGCCAACACCUCUUCGUCUCCCUCUUCUAUCUACGAGGAAAGCGUUUAUGAGAAUCCUGGGGCGACAGGGAAUGAAUUCGCCACUGAGGAAGCGGCUGUUAGCAUCCCUGCAGAGCUUGAAGAGGAGGAGGAUGUGAAUAAGACGAGGGCUUCAGAUUUAUCAAUGAGCCUUGGACAGGAAACAUUUCAAGUUGGAUUCAGCACUAAACUGUGAACAACUAAAGAGCAGAAAAUCUGUGCAAAUAGAAAAUGUUUUCUUUGUUUUUCUUCUUCUUUUUGUAGCUUAUAAUGAGAGUUUAUUUUCUGGUGUCAAAAUCCUUCAUUCCUGAGGAAUGUUUGGCACCGUAUCUUAAAGUUUUUGCUCCAUGGGAGGUUAAAUAAUAGGAAAUAAAGCAUGAAUGUACAGGCUUUGAGGGCAGCAGUGUAGACUCGUCCUUAGUCCUUACGGUCAGAAGGUGCUGGGUUUAAAUCUCAGGGAGGUUGAGGCCUUUUUUAAGAAAUGUAUUCUUUGUCAUAUAUAUAUAGUUUCUCACACAAUUCAACAACAUGCCAGCUGGUAGCUCGAAAAUGCUCUUAAAUACUGAUAUCCCAGAACCCUGAAAAGAAUUGAGGUGCUACAGAAAAAUCGAGUAGAAAUAGAUUUUAUAUUUAGAUAGGAAAUUCAGAUUUGUCAGCAACAAAACAAAAAGGCAAAUAAUAGCAUGAAGGUAUAAAAACUAAGAAGAGACUAUACAGCAAAGGAGAACGCUUAAUGUGUGAAAAGAAACUAUGCGCAGCUAUAAGGUGCCAUACAUCAGAUCAAAUAGAAAAAUAAACAGCAGCCCAUGUAGAAAAGAGGGAGUAAUCUGUGACCUGCAGCUCAGGAGUCUCAUUUGUCGCUUUAUUCAACCCAGAGUUACUGUCUUCUCCAACAGAGUGACCCUGAUGGCAGUUAUAAAACUUCAUGGCUUUUAACUCAUUUUACAUAAACAUGGAAUUAAAGAAAAUGUUUUCAUCACGGUUUU